GGCGUUAGUCCACAAUUAGGUGUCCCCAUUAUCCUGCAUUUCAAACACCUGUGGGCUGUGACGAUAACCAAAACUCUCAACCCCCUUUCUCCCCCCUCUCAUAAACACGACAAUGACCUUCGUAAACUCCGUCACUUUGAUUCCCAUAUAAAUACCAACACCAAAUCCCUAAUUCACCAUGCUUUUCUCCGUUACCGUCUCCGGCACCGAUGAACGGUGACACGUUCCCUCCUCGUAACGGCUCUUCCAUCGCUCUCAUCAAAAGGCAUAACAACACUAACGGAAAACAGAAAACCAAACGGAACGGGAACGGUAACGGAACAGAAAUGAAGAAGAAAUCAUCAUUGUUGGACGGUAAGGGUUGGUGGUUAGGCAAUGCGUAUUUCAUGAAGUGGACUGCUGAGGAUGUAUUCGGUGUAGUGAAGUACCAUCCUAUACCGUGUGUAUUUGCUGCUUCAUUGUUGCUUUUCAUGGGAGUUGAAUAUACACUUCGUAUGAUUCCAGCUUCUUCUCCGCCGUUCGAUCUGGGAUUCAUUGUUACUGUUCCUCUUAAUCGUUUGCUUGCUGCUAGACCUGCUCUCAAUACUCUUUUUGCUGGAUUAAACACGGUAUUCGUGGCGAUGCAAACGGCGUACAUUUUGUGGACAUUUUUAAUAGAAGGACGGCCUCGGGCGACAAUAUCGGCGCUGUUUAUGUUCACGUUUAGAGGGAUUCUUGGGUAUGCUACCCAAUUGCCAUUGCCAGAGGAUUUCUUGGGGUCAGGGGCCGAUUUCCCAGUAGGGAAUGUGUCGUUUUUCUUGUUUUACUCAGGUCAUGUUGCUGCGUCCGUGAUUGCUUCUCUGGAUAUGAAACGCAUGCAGAGGUGGGAAUUGGCUAGAGUAUUUGACGCCUUGAAUGUAUUGCAAGUUGUGAGGUUGCUGAGCACUAGGGGACAUUACACUAUUGAUUUGGCUGUGGGUAUUGGCGCUGGCAUUUUGUUUGAUUCUAUGGCCGGAAACUAUGUGGAGACUAGGACAAAAUUAUGUGCUGCUGCUAAUGCUAAUGGUAGUGGGUUGGAAUACGAAAAUGGGGUCAAAUAUCAAAGUCUAUCCUCAGAUUAAGACGUAUCAACCACUCAAAUCUGGGGUGGAUUCUAUCUUGAAUUGUAAAGAUAACUUUGGCUUUGUCUAAUUGUACCGUCUCAGUGCACUUAUGUUUUCAAUUACUAGUUUUUUUGUGACUGCAA